CCCUUCUUUUUUUUCCCUCUCCUCUCUUCUCUCUCCUCUCGCUCUCUCUCUCUCUCUCCAUUAGGACCCACUGAACGAUGCGAUCCCUGGGAGCCAGCGCUGUCGCCGCCGCCGCCGCCCGCUAGAAACCCUUCCCCCCUUCCCCACGGCUUGCAAAGCCCCCCAAAGAAGAGGGAAAAGGGAGAAAAAGAAGAGAAGGGGAGGGGAUGCAAUACUAAUCACCAUCCUGAUAAUCCUCUCUAGCCUAAGGAUCCACCCUGCCCCCUCCCCACCCUCCUCCGGCUCCUGCCUCCAUCGAGUCUCUGCCCUUUAUUUUUAUUUUUAAUUUUCUAAAUUUUUUUUUUUUUAAAUAAUCCUCGGUGUCCGCAGCCUCGCGCUGCUGCUGCUGCUGCUGCUGCUGCUGCUGCUGCUGCUGCUGCUGCUGCCUCCCCUGCCGCUGCUCCGGGUCCCCGGCGGUGGUUGUCUCUUUUCGGAUGCUUUGCUCGCAAGCAGCGGAGAGAGACCCGCAACCCUGUCUCUAGAGCUACCAACCCCAGCCCCGACUCCAGCCUCCUCCUGCAGGUGACCGGAAAAGGGGGCAGUAGCCUGAAAUCCACCUUGCGAAUUUUUGGGGGGAGGGGCUGCAUUUUUAUUGUGUUUGGGGAACUUGAUUUCUUUUGAAAAGAAAAAAAAAAAAAAAGACAAGAAAGAAGGAAAGAAAAUUAGCGAUUUUUAAAAAAAGGACAGAAAUAAAUAUUUCUGGGGGGGUGGGGGGGUCAAGCCGAGCAGGGGAACCGUGCCAGCCGAGGCGUGCGGGCUGUUUUGGGUGUCACGAUGGGAUGUACAUUGAGCGCAGAGGAGAGAGCCGCCUUGGAGAGGAGCAAAGCGAUUGAGAAAAACCUCAAAGAGGAUGGCAUCAGCGCCGCCAAAGACGUGAAAUUACUCUUGCUGGGGGCCGGAGAAUCAGGCAAAAGCACCAUUGUGAAGCAGAUGAAGAUUAUUCAUGAAGAUGGUUUCUCCGGAGAAGACGUGAAGCAGUAUAAGCCUGUGGUCUAUAGCAACACUAUCCAAUCCCUGGCAGCUAUUGUCCGUGCCAUGGACACCUUGGGCAUUGAAUAUGGGGACAAGGAACGAAGGGCUGACGCCAAGAUGGUGUGUGAUGUGGUAAGUCGGAUGGAAGACACGGAGCCCUUCUCUCCGGAACUGCUCUCCGCCAUGAUGAGACUCUGGGCAGACUCUGGAAUACAAGAAUGUUUCAACCGUUCCCGAGAAUAUCAGCUUAAUGACUCUGCCAAAUACUACCUAGACAGCUUAGAUCGAAUUGGAGCCGGGGACUACCAGCCCACAGAGCAAGACAUCCUCCGAACCAGGGUCAAAACCACCGGCAUUGUAGAAACCCACUUCACAUUCAAAAACCUCCACUUCAGGCUGUUUGAUGUCGGGGGCCAGAGAUCUGAACGCAAGAAGUGGAUCCAUUGCUUUGAGGACGUCACAGCAAUCAUCUUCUGUGUCGCGCUGAGCGGUUACGACCAGGUGCUCCAUGAAGACGAAACCACGAACCGCAUGCACGAGUCCCUCAAGCUCUUUGACAGCAUCUGCAACAACAAGUGGUUCACAGACACCUCCAUCAUCCUCUUCCUGAACAAGAAGGACAUCUUUGAGGAGAAAAUUAAGACAUCACCACUGACCAUCUGCUUUCCCGAAUAUACAGGCCCCAAUGCCUUCACUGAAGCUGUGACCUACAUCCAGUCCCAGUAUGAGAACAAGAACAAGUCCACCAACAAGGAGAUCUAUACACAUAUCACUUGUGCCACCGACACCAAUAACAUCCAGUUUGUUUUUGACGCGGUGACGGAUGUCAUCAUCGCCAACAACCUCCGUGGCUGUGGACUCUACUGAGCCUCGGGACCCCCUGCCUGCCCUCGAGAGCUCCCCCGCCCUGUUCCGCCUCCUCUUCCCCUGCCCCUUCCCCUCCUUGGAACAAGAGCGUCUCCACCUUUCACAUUAUUCAGCCUUACAAAGAAGGAAGAAUGGAGAGAGUGGCGCUGAGGGAACGGAAGGAGAAAACUCCUUCCUGUCCCCACCACUUACUCCCUCCAAGGCACAUCAUAUCCAAGUCCCUCUCUGAGCCUUUGUUUUUCAGGUGUAGGAAUGGCAGCCAGGGUCUGUGUGACUGGGCUGGGGUGCCAGUGCAGAGCAAGAGGGAUUGAGAACAAGCAAGGAAGCCAUUCAUCCACCUCCCAGGCUCACUUUUAGCUUAAUCUACUGAAAUGUGUAUUGUAAGGGUGGCUUCUUUGGAACUUCAAGUUGGAAAAUUGCAGAUUACUUGAGUACUGUUCUUUGGUUUGCUGCAGAUUUGGAAAACUCCUAAGACAGAGUCUAGGCCUAAGCAAGCAUCCCUCUGGUAGAGUUUCUUCCUAGCUGCACUAUGGUGGUCCUUGUGUUUUAAGCAGGAAAAGGUCCGUAUCUGGCAAGGAUGUUGACCAAAAACAGAAGCAACCAUUCUGCUCUUUGCUCACAUCUCUCCUGCAGGACAGUUUUGGCCCCAAAGCCCAGGGAGAUUUGGCCUUUCUGGAGCCUGUCAGACCAUUAGGCAAAGUGUUCAGGACCUGGGCCUCCCCUCUGCAACUUCCCCUCCCCAUCCACCAAGGCAACAUGUCCUAGAUUCCUCCUCAGGCCCUCAGAAUCUUGUCCAUUCGUUCCCCGGGGAUUGCACCACCCCUACAGUUCAGGUCACCAAAUGAUUUCUGUUUCCCCGCCUGCCUCCACCUUUGGGUAGAAUCAUCCACAUUGACAGCCUCUUUGCAGAAGGGAAGAUGGUGAGGAGAGGGCAAGAAAUGUUGAAAUGUUGAGGCUCUGUUGACUCUCUUGUACUGGUUUCUUUUCAUGGUAGAAGAUGCUGAGAGGCUCCAUGGAGCCCCAUCCUGAGACCAAGUUCAGUCUUCAGCGGCUCUUUAUGUUGAGAGGCCAUAGGAUAGAGUUGAGAAGUUGUAGAUUGAGAAAAGAGGAAGGGAGGCAAGAGAGAGAAAGGAAUGAGGGUCAUUUAGAAAAAGCAAAGGAACUAGAAGAGGUAAUAGUGGAAGCUCCAAGUUCCCUGCCCAUUUUUCUAGUAGUAUUAUUAAAGCCACAAAGAGCUGCUUUUCUCAGGGGUUGUUUUCUCCCCUAAUCUUAUUCCUAGGAAGGUUGUUUAUAGGAUCUUGGGGGACUGGAAAGGGAGGGAGAUGAAUUGUCUUGAAAUAGUGAUUCAUGAAAGUGUUCUGGCAGUUGUUGGCAGUGGCUUCCAAACAUAGGAGCCUUAUACUCCUAUAGGAGCAAAUGGAUCUCCCUGUGCCCAGUCAGAAUGCAUGGAGAGAACCUUACACCCCAGUGCCAUCCCAAUGUUGUCAUGGGAAACCAAUGAAUUAAUUACCAGUCUUUCCAGGCUUCUGUUUCACGGGGAGUGCAAGAGGGAUUGAGGGAUGGCAGGAUUCAAAAUCCCUGCACAAUUGCCCCUCCAGCUGGAAGGGGAAGGGUUGAGAUGUAAAGUAUUCCUAAGAAGUACCUAGAAAGAACAGCCCCGUGCCCAAGUCUCUUGCAGAAGGACUUGGUCAUGGGGCCAUGGCUUCUUUCCCCAGCCAAGCAGUCGAGAACCAGGACUUAAAAGCUGGGACACUUGGUCCGUCUGGAACUCCCAUCUUCCUGGUGCCAGAAUCCCCUCCCUCCCCCCCCCCCCCCCCCCCCCGCACCUCAGAGAGUGGGUCCAGUGGAAGCCUGGGAGCUCAGUUAGUGUGCAAAAUGAAUGGAUCCCUGUAGGGACAGGCCUGUGGUCAGCUCUGGGCCGUGGCAGCAUAUUUGCUGCUCUCUAGGCCACGCUUGGUGUCACUGACCGGAGGAACCCUCCUGGGGCUGGCUGACAACAUUUAACCAGAAGACCAAGGGUUGGAGUUUGACCCUUGGGAAGGUUGCUGCUGGUGGCGGUUUGUAUGCAGUCCCUCCAUGUCACAAUACAACCUUAUACCAGUUCCUGCUGCUGUAGAAAUAGCCCCAUCAGCAGCUGGUAGUAAUAGCCCCAUAGGAGAAAUAUUCCACUCAUAUUCCUCUCAGGGACUGAAAGCCUGGAUUUUGCCCUUUGUGGAAUUUCAAGCCCUUGGUUCUGAGGGGGGCAGCCCCAGAAAAAGCCCCCAAAGAAGCAGGACUGCUCUUCCCUGGUUCCUCCGUGUUUGCUGAGUGCUCUUUGGCCCCUCCUGUGUCCUUGCUGGUCUAGUUUGGAAAUAGAGGAGAUAGUUUAGAAAGUCUGCACCAGAGGCGGAGACUGGGGUCUCUGGGGAGCCACCUCAGUGCCAAAGUGCCGUGGGCCUGGUAGCCGAGAGGGGUCCUUUCUCACCUGUCUCCUCUCCCUCCUCCUCCCCUGUGCUGUGGCUGCCUGAACCCCCUGGGCCAGGCAGGAUGUAUGUGUGAAGAAAGUGAGCCUUCACUGAGUGCCUGAAGUUUCUUCCCUGUUCCCCUGUCCUCCCCUUGGGCCCAGCAGUCGGUGGCUCCUGCUGUCCAUGGACAAUCUGAAUGAGCUUCUAAAAGCCUCUCUAGUGCUAAUAACUCCUCCUUGGGAUGAGGCUCCACCCUAAGGCUGGGGGAGAUGUAAGAGGAAGUGGGAAAGGACAGGCUUGUUCCCUUAGCCUCUCUCUCCAUGCCCAUCCCUCAGCGUGGGCCCUGAGAGAAGCAGCAGGGCCUAGGAGAGCAAGCAGGGGGUCCAAUCCAGUGAGCGGGCUCCGGCUCUUGGCUGCUCCAAGGCAACCCCCUCCCCUUCUCAGUGUCUACCCCAGCCACAUAAAGCAGGAGGACUACAGCGGGGCUUAUAUUCAGCCCUGACCUUGUAUCGCCCGGUGUGGCCAACAGAGGGUCAGCCCAGAGUCAGGGAUGGAGUCUCCCUUCUGGCACAUGCCAGUGUGUGACCGGGCAAGCACCUUAGGCUGAGAACCCCAAGUAAUUGACCCUCUUGAGAUUAAAUUACAAAUUAAGUUUCCAUAUCCAGAAUACCAAUAACCUCCCUGUUCUGAGGUUCUGGUUUGGGCCCCCUGUUCUGGGCCUAACUUUUGGGGUUCCCCUCCCCACUUUCCUGGGCUGCCAUUCUUACUGCCCCCUUUCCCUGGGACGUUUCCCAGGCCCUCACUGGACACAUGGCAGCUCCGGUCCCUGAGGGGGCUCCGCUUUGGACUGCUCACCUCUACACCUUUGUCUCUGGGUGUCCAGUCUUCUCUGGCCCUCAGAUCCUCAUCUGGAAAAAGCGGUUGGAUGGGCUGGUCCCUGACCCCUCACCCUCCUUGCUACGGCCCGGCCCCCUUUUCAGAAUCUUUCUUUCGCUCCGAUAUAAGCUCCAGUACGCCCCCUUUACUUCCCAGCUGCCAGUUUCGAGGCUCCUGGGCCCAUCGGGCCCAAGCUCUGGUAGAGAAAAGGUGUCUGUGCCGUCAGCUAGCCUGGCUUUGUUUCCCAGGACACAAACACCCACUUAAUAACUCAGUAAUUACCCCCCUCACCACAGACGGUAUAAUUACAUACUCGCCCAGGAGGAAUAAUGACACUGAGCCUGGUUAUUUCUGUCAUCAAAAUCAGGACGAUCACAAGAGCCCGGGGGCUCUGUGGGGCCCCGGCUCAGGCUCUGUGGGGGCGGGGCUCCGUGGGGCCCCGGCUCGGGCUCUGUGGGGGCCUGGCUCCGUGGGGGCCCCACUUGGGCUCCGGGAGCCGGCUUUGCCCGUGCCCUGUGCCUGCAGCUCCCCAUGCAGGGUCCAGCUCUGUAAUUACCCGAUGGUUGGUGACAAGGAGCCCUCCCAGCUCUGGGCACUGACAUUUCAGAGGGAUGGAUGGUUAACCACCACUGCCCCUUCUCUGGUUACGGGCUGAAUGACCUAUGUGGCUCUCACGCUCCGUGAAGGGCUGAAUGGCUCCAGGGUGGGCCCUCUCUCAGGGGAACUUGGGGUUUGGGAGUCUGGAGGGGUCAGUUCUUUCACAACCAAAAGCAUAACUCUAAUAGCGGCGUUUUAGGACCCUCACAAGCCAGCAAAGUGAGGGUCAGGGAAAUCUUUGAAGUGAAUGGCAUCCUGGAGCCAGAGACUGCAGUAUUUUUAAAUGUUCACUAGGAGAACUUGGGACUUGAUUUAUCUUUCUGUUGAUUAUCUAGACUUCAGAAAGUGAUGGAGAAAACAUUCAUUAUUUAGAUUAAAAGUGUGUCCUGUGAACAUUUUUUAAAUUGGAGAGCUGAUUGUUAAUGUUACUAGCAUGCCCUUAUUCGUUGUGUUCCUCGGGACUUUACCAUACUUCUUGAGGGUUCAGUUUCCUUCUUUGUUGAAUGAGGAGGUUAGUCUAGAUGACCCGAAGUGAGUUCCAGUUCUAGGUGAACCAUCCUGUGAUGCAUGACAUCAUAUAGGUCUCCAUCUUCUUAACGCUUAACAUGGUUCAGAAGAAAGAGCACCUGCAGUGGAAGGUGUUCUGAAUCCAGAACUUUCUGAAUCUCCAGGCAGAAGCCUGGAGAAAACCCCACGGCCAAGGCUUACUUCAGACCUGUGUAAGCCUGGCCAAGUCCCAACCUCUCUGGGAUAUCUGUAAAGUGAGGAGAGGCUUCCAUUCCGUGGCCACAAAGAUCCCUUUUCGCCAGGGACCCUACGAGACAUCCUUGCACACGAACGGGAGAGUGUUGAGCCUGUUUUCUCAAAAGAUAAAGGAAAAGGUUGAACUCGAUGAAUUUCAAGGUUUGACCUUGGUUGGCUUUGAUCAAGUCCCCUGGUCCGGAAAUUUCAGCUCAUCAGUUUGGGUUUUCUUUAGGGAUGCUUGAUUGGAGCACUGUUGUUUUGGAGAGGGAAAGGUGAGAGACUAGGUCAAAAAAUAGGGGUGAGCUAAAGCCAGCUAAAUACCAGGAAGUCAAUUGUUAAAAUUUCAGAGUGGGUCGUUACAGCUUGGAGAUUGGUAAAUGCUCCAUAUCAGGGCUCAAUUUAUUGUUUUGUUGAUUGUCUAAACUUAAGAAAGUAUUGGAAAAAUGUUAACAAUGCAGAUUUACAAAAAGUUGUUUAACAUUUACUGGCAUUCUCAUAGAAUGAACUUGGAGAUUUACCCAGUUGUCAUGGGAGGAAGGAGAUUUGGGUGUCUUUAUCAGCAUCUUUAAAGCAUCUUUUUACAUUAGAACCUAAUGCUUUGCCAGUCCACUCUUACUCCUUACCCCUUACUCUCCAAUCCAUGACCCAGGUAGGAAAGUAGGUGAAACCAACCCUUUUAAAAUCAGCUUGUCUUGGGCAGUGCCUUUGAGCAAAUUUGCUCCAAAGCUAAAGAUGCCAUGGAAGCCAGAGGUGAAUUUCUGUCAAAGUGCCGAAUGAAUGACAGCUGAGUGAUUUGGCAAGUUAGGGGAUGCCCCAAAGUGUGAAAUGGGGUCCGGGAUCGAGCCCAGCUUCCUAGGGUAACCGGGCUUUCUCUCGGGGUUUUUGAACAUUAGACCUUCAGCAGUGGGGCAAAGCCCGAACUAGCCACAGAAAACAGCCACCUUGGAGUAGUUGUCCAGCCACAUAGAAGGGACAAAGCAGGCAAGGCAUUAUGAGUGGGGAGGUGAGAACUAGACGUGAAAGGAAGGCAGGGAAUGAGGAAUGCCGUUGGCCUACGGUUUGUGAAGGCUUUUAUCAGCAUCGCCUCAGCCCAGGCCUUUUCCCUCUCUCUGCACAUCCCUUACUAGAAGAGUCUGGCUUGGGGACAAAAGUCAGACUCGGGAGAGAACAAGAGCCGACUAUAAUUCACCCUGAGGAACUCAAGGGGAGGAUCCAGUCCGACCUCCUCUUCCUUCCCUUCAACAUGCCAGUCAAGGGACAAAGCUCCCGGCCCCUCAGACCACCCCCGCCCUGCACCUAUGGGUCAGUUCUGUGACCACUUUCAGUUUGGGGGAAGCGCUCUUUGAUGUCCUUACCCACCCAUGCCCAAGGGCAGUCAUAUUUCAUAGUAAGAUUAUUAACUGGGCUUUCUUGGGAAAGAGGGUGGAAGUUCCUAUUCUGUCAGGACGUGGGUACAUCUUUCUUUUCCUCCCCACUAGCACUGCUUACCCCAUCCUUGGCUAUUUAGGCAUCGCACCCAAGAGAUGGCUACUGACUCUCUUAGGGCUUUUUUAAACCCCAUAACUACUCAAGGAUCUCCCAAAACUCAGGAAAGGCAUCAGAUACCAGCCUUGACUCCAGGACCUCAUCCUAGGUCUGAUAAAGUCUAAGAUUGACUAAUAACAGAAUGGAGAUUCCUAUAACAAGGAUGACCCCACAAAAUGAUCUUAUACACCCCUUGACCUCCUCAAAAUUCAGCUCCUAAGUCGUCCAACAUAGGGUUUGGAGAUCUCCAAGGUUAGUGAUUCCACAAGCUCUGAGUAGUUCUAUCUAACCCACAUCCUUCCUUCUGUUCAUCUCUUCUUAUUCUGUUCUUGUAUGUUGCUUAGCAUACUCCAGAAAUAAACCCUCAUUUCCAUGAAUAUUAUCAUGAAGUCACCCUUGUCUUCUGUCCUUCAGGCUAAAUAAUUCCAGACCCCUCAUGUUUUCGAGAAGGCAGAAAGAGAGUGGGAGAUGUAUGUAGCCUUUCUUCUCUUUUUUUGGCUUUUCUCUGGCUCUUCAUGGAGUAAAUUUCCUCUAGCCUGAUCACUGACUCCAGGAGGCAAGAGAAGAAAUCCAGAAUCUAAAUGCAAAGUUGCUGGGUGGGAGGAAGCACUGCAGAACUUGUUUGGCUACUUGCAGAGACAGAGUCGAUUCUAAGUAUGUAAAAUAGACACUUCAAUGAGCAUAUUCCAUCCCCAGGCUGCACUUGAAGAAGCUGACCGUACAACAUCGAAAAGACAGAGUUGUAGUCUGAGGGAAAUCAGACCCUAGAAAGACCAACUGAAAAAGGAUAUGAGAAAGAAAUACUUAGCACUGUCGGAGAUCUAGAAACCGCGUUUCCUGUUGCUCCCUGGCAUUUGGCCUUUGCCUCUCUGCCUCUAGACAAGAAUUAAGAAUCCACUUAAUAACUACUCUUAGGAUUUCUUGCUACACAGGUCUCCUCCUCGGGAUAGCGCUGAGAGUAGCAUCCCUCUCAUAAAAGGCACCAACCAAAAGGUCUUGAAAGCCCAGAAAAGGCAGGGAAAAGGGAAGAAAAAUCAUUCUUUAUUCCAGAGCUCAAAGCUUUUUAUUUGAUCUAUUCUGAACAUUAAUCCUUGCCUUGUAAUGAAUGGAUAAAAAAAAGGGAAAGGUUGUGGCCAGGAGAGGGUUCCCUCUACGAGGGAGCUGUUCUCUCCUGCCCUUACACCAAGGUCAGCCUUAAGCUAAUCUCAUUCUCCUUUCUCAGUAAAGGCUGGCAGUUCCAUUAACCAAUGGCACAGUUUUUGCAUAACUUCUUCCUAUCCCUCUUCCUCUCUUCAUCUCUCUCUUUCUUGAAGAUCUAUUCUCAAUCUGAGCUUUUCUCAGCACUUUUCCCCUUCUCCCCUGCUCCAUAGUUCAGUAACUGUUCCUAGUAUCCCUAUAGGGAGAGUCCCUGCCAUCCUGGCUUCCCGACCCUUGGUAUUUCCCCAGUCAGUGGACACUGCCCAGCUUCCCACCAGAAACACAAAAUGCCAGCCAGCUGAUGGAGUUAUCUCACUCUUUGGCAAAGCCUUCUCCUGUGGGCACAGUCUUGCUCUAUCCACCAGCAUCCCCACCCAAUCUGUAUUAACUGUAAUUUUGUAAGAUGAGUGACUCUUUGGUUUAAUAAAUCUUUAGUUACUGUAAUAAUUUAUUGGCUGUCCAUAAUGUAUUUAUUAGUCCCCACAUGUUAAUAAAGUGCCAGCUCUU